AUGACAGUCCGGCACGUGACAUAGAGUAAGUUCCUGCUGUGCUUGAGGGGAAGGGAUCGACGUUCAGCCGCAGGAGAAUCGCACUUUGCGGCCUGUGGAAGCCCCCGUCCUCCAGCGAUGGCCUCACCAGUUUCAGUCUACAACUCUAACACCUUGGACUCGCACAUCUCCGAUACCUCCAGAGAGUCUCUGAAGAUGGAAUUGUUGGCAGAUGUGUGUCUGCUGCCAGGAGAGGACACAAUUAUAAAUAAAGACAUCAGCUAUAUGUGUCCAUUCAAUGGAGCUGUGAAAGGCAAAGUGGUGAUCACCAACUACAGACUCUACUUCAAGAGCUCAGAUGCUCAUGUUGCAGUAACACUGGAUGUUCCUUUGGGUGCCAUCAGUCGGGUGGAGAAGAUGGGUGGGGCAUCAAGCAGAGGAGAAAACUCCUAUGGCCUGGAUAUUACCUGCAAGGAUAUGAGGAACUUGAGGUUUGCCUUGAAGCAGGAAGGCCACAGCAGACGAGAUAUCUUUGAGCUCCUCUUCAGAUAUGCCUUCCCCAUCUCACAUGGUCUGCCUUUGUUUGCAUUUGUGAAUCAGGAAAAGUAUGAGGAGGAUGGCUGGAAUGUCUACAAACCCAUAGAGGAGUUUAGACGACAGGGUUUACCCAAUAACAAGUGGCGUAUUACAUUCAUCAAUAGGAGCUAUGAACUUUGUGACACCUACCCAACUGUUUUGGCUGUACCCUUUAAAAGUAAAGAGGAGGACCUCAGAAGGGUGGCUGCCUUCAGGUCAAGAGGACGCAUACCGGUUUUAUCAUGGAUCCACAGGGAGAACCAGGCAGUGAUCAUUCGCUGCAGCCAGCCACUGGUUGGCAUGUCUGGUAAAAGAAACAAGGAUGAUGAGCGUUACCUGGACCUGAUCAGGGAAGCAAACAACACCCCCAAGCUCACCAUAUAUGAUGCUAGGCCCAACGUCAACGCAGUGGCCAACAAGGCCACUGGAGGUGGCUACGAGGGUGAUGAGUACCAAAACGCAGAGCUCGUCUUCUUGGACAUCCAGAAUAUUCAUGUCAUGAGGGAAUCACUGAAGAAACUCAAGGACAUUGUCUACCCCAAUGUGGAGGAAUCACAUUGGCUGUCCAGUCUAGAGUCUACACACUGGCUAGAACAUAUUAAGCUGGUAUUGUCAGGAGCCAUCCAAGUAGCAGACAAGGUUUCUGGUGGAAAUUCAGUGGUGGUUCACUGUAGUGACGGUUGGGACCGAACAGCUCAGCUCACAUCUCUGGCCAUGCUAAUGCUGGACAGUCACUAUCGCACACUCAGAGGAUUCCAGGUGCUGAUUGAGAAGGAAUGGAUCAGUUUUGGGCACAAGUUUGCCUCAAGGAUAGGUCACGGUGACAAGAACCAUGCAGAUCAGGACAGAUCACCCAUCUUUGUGCAGUUCAUUGACUGUGUAUGGCAGAUGACUAAACAGUUUCCUACAGCCUUUGAGUUUAAUGAACGCCUCCUGCUGACAAUCCUGGAUCAUCUGUAUAGCUGUCGCUUUGGGACUUUUCUCUACAGCUGUGAGAGUGCACGAGACCUGAAUGAGGUGAGGUUGAAAACGGUGUCUCUUUGGUCGCUGGUCAACAGUAAGAUGGACAUUUAUUUAAACCCCUUCUACACCCCGGAGUCUGGUAGAGUUCUCUAUCCCGUUGCCAGUAUGCGUCACCUAGAGCUAUGGGUAACAUACUACAUCCGCUGGAACCCACGCAUACGACAGCAGCAGCAGAGUCCAGUGGAACAGCGCUACAAGGAGCUGUUGGCCCUCAGAGAUGAAUACUUGAAGAAGCUGGAGCAGCUGCAGUUGUCUGACUCGACCUCUUCUUCUCGUCUGGCUAACAGCCCCACCCCCAAUACGUCCUCCUCCACCCCCUCCACACCAUCGCAGCAAUACACACAUCUACACACUCCCUUCUGAGGGCUGGUGACACACACACGCACACACGCUUUCUCUGAUAUACUUGUUGACUUGCACUUACGUCCUCUUCACUCUGAUUUCUGUCAGUCUGACUCACAUGCAGGGAAUCAGUGUUUUGCAAUCCUACCUGUGGAUAACAAAAAUAUUUCAAUUUCAUGGUUAACUCUUAACACCAUACUGCAGUGCCAAUGAUGGUGGUUUAUGCAAUAUGUCACAGUACAGCCUUGUCACAAGACUUUUCUAUACACAUACUCACCAUAAAGUGAAGCCUUAAAGACAUUUGGUGGCUUUCAGUUCAAGGGCUUGAACACACAGGACACACAGCAGCUCUGUAUCAGUGUUCACACGAGCAGCACAUCUGGCCUGACCUUAUGUUUUUUCUUUCUAUGUCAUAAUGUUAUUUGACAGAACACAGCCAGGAAAAACAUACUGUUGGUGGCUAGUUGUUAUAUCAGAUACUCACAGAAGCACCUAUAUGCAGUAUAUUAUACAGUAGAUUCAGUGAUGAACUGAAAAUGAAACUGACAUUGAUCUAUUCAUCUAACACUAGCAAAGACAGCAAAUACAAGCCCUUCUCCAAAAAUGUUAUAGUCCCUUUUUCUGGAGCUUUUACCUACACUUAGGCAAACUCUAUUCACUGCCAAAACACCCCCGUAAAAGAGAUGUUAACAUUUCGAGAGGUAAAGGGAGAAAACCCAUGGGUUUGCUUAAAGACUACGCACACAUGAGUCAAACCACUGGCAGAGAUAAAUAGAGAAAACACAUUUCUGUGGUUUUCAUAUUAUAAUAUGGCUAAUAAUGUCUCAAAAACAGGGCAGCACGGUGGCACAGUGGUUAGCACCGUUGCCUCACAGCGAGAAGGUUCUGGGUUCGGGCCCC